AGUGUCCUGUCUUUACUGAUUAUUUUGUCAUUCACCACACUCGCUGGACACUUCUUGGAACAUCUGUGGCUAUUUUUAUUAGAUUUUUUUUCAAACCAAGGGGCGUGAUAUUUUGACAACUCAACAGCUUUCUUGUCUGCCUGACUGAACAUAAUUGACGAGCCACUGAGACUGUCUGGACGAAUCGAAAGGUAGAGGAAGAGAAGAGAAGAACCAUGGAGAUGGAGAAGAUCCCCUUGGAGAAGAAGAGAGACGGAGAUGGUGAAGGCACAAGUAAACUGGUGAUGGAGGUCAAAGCUGAAGAGGAAGCACAACCAGACCAUUACGCUGCAUUGCAAACUCCAGCUGAGGACAUCUACGCAGAAGCUUCUUUCGGUGGCGUUCCACCCAAAGCAGGCAAAAAGACCGAGGGAAAUCCACGUCUGUACCGUGCCGGCUGUUUAUUCCUCACAAUGAUCUCCCUCGUCCUGCUGCUGGCCGUCAUCGUCCUCAGUGUGAAACUCCAAACUGGAUCCAAAGAGAGCCCAGGGACUGGGGAAGAUGGAAGAUGCUGGAACAUCUUCCCUAAGUUUCAGGCCCAGAAGCUCGACGAACAGCAGUGUGGUGAAGGAUGGCUGCUGUUUGAAAACACGUGUUAUUACCUGUCCACCGUCAGGCUGAACUGGUCCAUGAGCAAGAACAACUGCACCGCCGGAAAAGGAGAUUUGGCCGUCAUCUCCAGCCAGAGUGUUCAGACUUUUCUGACUGGGAAGGCGAACGACUUCUUCUGGAUCGGGCUGAAACAUGAUGCAAAUCAAUGGAGAUGGGUCGACAACAGUGCACUGGGAGACAGUUAUUGGGAAGGUAGCACGCCCCGUCAGGGAUGUGGUCUCCUGAGAGGUGCAGGCUCACCCCAGAAGAACUGGAUCUCAUCGUCCUGCACCAGCAAAGCCUACUUCAUCUGUGAGAAGCAGGCCUGACAGCCUCGUCUUUUCAACAGAGAAAUGAGCAAACGCAUUCUCCGUCUGCAAGCAUCGACUCCUCAGUAACACAUCGCAUCGUUUCUCUUUUCACUUUCCAAUCAGUAGAAUCCGGCAAAUAAAAUGACAAAGCUUCUUCCGCAACAGCUGUUUUGUAUUUAACACCUGUGGAUUUGUAACUUAUAUCUUCUUGCAGCAUCAUGUAGUAUCAUUUGAACCUGAUUGUGGACUUUGUUUCAACAAGGUUUUAUUUUCAUAUAAAAUAAUCAUGCAUCUACCUAACAAGUACAA